GUAACGGGAAUUUGGAAAGGAGGGAGCCUCUAGUCUCGCGCUGGGCAACUCCGCUCUCGCGAGGCUUCGCUGCAGCCGCCGUAGCGGGAUCGCUGUCCCUGACACUCCGGCUGCUGAGCCGGCACUAUGGCAGCGCUGCGGGUUGUCCUGAGGUGGCGGCGUUGUUGCCUUCCCGGCAGCAGCGGCCCGGAGCUUGGGAACAACAGCAGGCGGCUGUGGCGUCUCAGGGCCGGGUCCAGCAGCAGCGACGGGGCGCCCAGCGGGCUGGGCGUCGCGGCGGCGGGGGCUGCAGGGGGCGCGGCGGCUUGGUUUUUCUGUCAGCGCUUCUUCGACUGGUCCCGCGAGCGGGAAUUAGCGGAGCGGCCGCCGCUGAUCUUCGGCAGUAGCCGGGGACGAGGAGGCGGCGAGCCUGGCCAGGGCCGCGGGCUGCUGCCCAUCCCUGUAGCGGCUGCUGCUAAGGAGACGACGGUCACAGAAAACAGAUCAAAUUAUGAAGAUUUGGAUCUUUAUGCAACUUCACGGGAGCAGCGAUUUCGUAUGUUCGCCAGUUUAGAAUUUGAAGGGCAGCUAUUCAUGACACCAUAUGAUUUCAUUCAAGCUGUUACAAAAGAUGAACCAAGACAGACAAAACAAAGGAGAUCUCUUACAAAACAGGAGUUGAAUCAGAUACUUGUGGAAACUCCACCAGUUUGGAAAGGAUCAUCAAAACUUUUUCGGAAUCUCCAAGAGAAAGGGAUGGAGGCUAGAGAGCUGAGUCAGAUAGAAGUGACAAGGGAUGAUGUUCUAAACUGUCUGGAAAAACUGAAAGCUAACAAAUCACCAGGGCCAGAUGGCAUCCAUCCAAGAGUCCUCAAAGAACUCAAAUGUGAAAUUGCCCACCUCCUUGCUAAAAUAUUUAACUUAUCCCUGAAAUCGGGCUCUGUACCAGAGGACUGGAGAGUAGCAAAUGUAACACCAAUUUUCAAAAAGGGAUCCAGGGGCGAUCCAGGAAAUUACAGGCCAGUUAGCCUAACGUCCGUUCCAGGCAAAUUGAUGGAAAGCAUCCUCAAGGAUAAAAUUGUAAAGCACCUAGAAGAACAGGCCCUGCUGGGAGUGAGCCAGCAUGGCUUCCGCAAAGGUGUGAUUUCUUACACAGAAUAUCUGUUUCUAUUAUGUAUCUUAACAAAGCCACACGCUGGUUUUAGGAUAGCUUUCAACAUGUUUGAUACAGAUGGAAAUGAGAUGGUGGACAAAAAAGAGUUUUUGGUGCUGCAAGACAUAUUCAGAAAGAAAAAUGAGAAGAAAGAAAGAAAAGGCAAUGAAGAGAAACGUGCCAUGUUGCAUCUUCAGCUUUAUGGAUACCACAAUUCUGCUAAUGCUGUACUUAAAACAGAAGGAGAGGAUCUUCUUCCAAGAAGCUAUUGGGAUACUCUAAGACGUAGCACAAGCCAGGCACUCUUUUCGGACCUUGCAGAGCGUGCAGAUGAUAUCAUCGGUUUACUGUCAGAUACUACACUGCUGGUUCACUUUUUUGGCAAGAAAGGAAAAGUUGAGCUAAACUUUGAAGAUUUUUAUAGGUUUAUGGAUAAUCUUCAGACUGAAGUUCUUGAAAUAGAAUUCCUUUCCUACUCUAAUGGGAUGACUACCAUCAGUGAGGAGGACUUUGCUCAUAUACUUUUAAGAUAUACUAACGUGGAAAAUACAUCAAGCUAUCUGGAAAAUGUGCGCUGCAGUAUCCCAGAAGAGAAGGGUAUUACAUUUGAUGAAUUCAGAUCAUUUUUCCAGUUUUUGAACAAUCUAGAAGAUUUUGCAAUUGCAAUGCAAAUGUAUAAUUUUGCAAACCGUUCCAUAGGACAAGAUGAGUUCAAGCGUGCAGUGUAUGUAGCUACAGGUUUGAAGCUUUCAUCACAUUUAGUGAACACGGUGUUCAAGAUCUUUGAUGUAGACAAAGACGAUCAGCUGAGUUACAAAGAAUUUAUUGGUAUUAUGAAGGACAGAUUGCAACGAGGAUUCAGGGGCUACAAAUCCUUACAGAAAUACACCACUUUCAAAUCCUGUGUGAAGAAAGAACUCAAUAGUAGAUAAAUGAUGGAAAAACCCAAGUAUGGGUUGAAGGACUACUAUAUAUGUGCGAGGACUGUAACAAGCAAACACUUCAGAGCUUUGGAAACGAUUUCAAAGUCGUGAUAUGCUAAGAUGAAUACAAAAGACACUUACAAAUUUAAUGACCAUUCUUUCUUUUUCGCUUUGGAAACUGUAUACAGAAAUCAGGAAACCAAUAAUUAAGCCAAACAUCUACCUUCUUUAGCAAUGUGCUAUAUGUUAUCUUGGACUGCAAUCCUAAAAGUGCUCUGCUAAUAUAAGCUUCAUUCACUUCAUCAGGACGAGUGUCCACUGGGAGUCGUGCCAAGAAUAGUUCUUAAUUUUUCUUUUUCUCACAACUAUUUCAUGUUAAUCUUUUCAAGGGUUUUUGUUUUCUAACCAAGCACUAGUAUCAGUUGUAUACUUUCACCCCAACCUGGAGCAGGCAUGACUACUCACAAAGAGCCUUUUUUUAAAAGGCUCAAACCCUACUGAUGAAUUCUUUAGCAUGGAAGGAGCAAUCUAAUCUCAGUAAAAGGGGUAAAACUUUAACCUUUUUGAAAGAGCUCUGUAUUUGGACCCCCAAAUAUUGGAUCAGGGAGGGCAAUACCUAUUUGUGACUGUGGUUCCCCCUGCAGCUAGGGAUUAAGCACACACAAGAUGCCCUAACCUGAAUCAAGCCACUUCACUUUAAAUGUAGCGAUCACAAAAAUCUAUGAAAAUGUGAAUGUAUUUUGGGAAUAUAUAUGUAAACUGUGUUGUAUUUAUUUUAUUUUCACACACCAUUCCCUUUUUAAAGUAUGUUCUUAUGCUGGUAACUGUGCCUUUAGUAAUAGCUAUGGAGGAAAAAUAUUUUCAUGUGAUGUUAUAAUGUGGACAUAUGUUCAAAUAGAAAAUGUGAGGUGAGGUUCAUUUUGAAGCAGAUGACAGUUUUGGAAUUGAAUACUAUAACUGUGUUUAACUUAUUGUGGUGAAUGAGAGAAAAGUAGGGUAUCACCCAAAUCUGAGGAGGCAACUGAGGAGAGGAAAAGGAAGAGUUAAUCCCAAGGCUUUGCAAAAAGACUUGAGCACUUCCUAAAGCACAAGUACCACAAUAAAUUGAUAUCUGUUUGGUUUUAGUUGCAUUGUUGCACACUAGAGCUCCGAAAUGGGGGUGAGGCAGGGGCUUCCUGUUGCACUAGGCUUUUUGCAAAGCUUUCUAAGGUGCAAAUGAGGAAGAUUCCCUCUUCUGCUCUCUUGAGCCUUCUUUGACUUGCAUCAAGCUCUGUGGCUUCAAAAGCAGCCACUAAGACCUCUUGUUGCUUUCCAUGCCCCAUGCAAAUCAUGGAAGAAAAAAGGAAUCUCCCUCAUUUACCCUGAACCUGGAAACAUUUGCAAAACAGUGAGCAGACAGGCAGGACUGGCCACGGCUGCUGCCUCCUUGACUCGUCCCUUCUCCCCCCUCCCCGCUUUUCUCCUCCUAUCAUCUCUAUGGUGUGCAAGGCUCUUCUCUCCCCCGAAGCUCCUGUUUCUUCCGCAUUAGGCAAAGCAUGCCACUCUUCCCUGCCCCACUGGUUCCUACCCACACUGUGCCCCUUCCCCUUACCUCACCUAGUGGCAGCAAAAGAGUCAUCAACAUCAAAUAGUUGUUGUCCUGCUUUUCUCCUUCUCUUCACAGGCAGCCCACUAAUGAGACUGGGUGAGGCAGCCCCUCAUGUGGCAGAUUGCUCACUGACCGUCUUCACCAGCCUGCUGCCUCCAGCCACUUUGGCCAACCUGCUGCCUUUCUCAAACCUCACCCAGAGGCAGCAUGCCAGUGGCUAUCACUUUCUUCCUCCUCCUCCUUCUCCUCCUCCUCCACUCCCACCCUGCUUUUCAAAAGCCAAGGGAAAGUGGAAAUUUGGAGAAGGAGGGUGGAGUGCCACUCUAGCCCAGCACUCUACUCUCUUCCUCUGCAUUUCAUCUUCAACUCUCUUCCUUUAGCUUUUGAAAAGGUAGAGGAUGAGGAAGAUUGGGGGGUGGUAGCUGGCACUGCCACUGGAUGAGGUUUGGGCAGACCAGCCAGGGUGGUUAGAGACAGGAGACCAGCAGAGACUGCCAGCAGGCAAUCUGCCACCUGAGGUAGCUACCUCAUCAAGCCUCAUUGGCAGGCUGGGCUGGCCAUAAGGACUGGGAGAAAACAGAACAAUAAUUCAUUUCCAUGCGACACUGUCUGCAUGCCCUUUAUAAAGUGAGUGAACAAAGAUUGGCAAUUCCCAAGUAAAGGGCAACUGUAGAAGCAUCCUAAGUAUUUUCCAUUAUGAUCUAUGGGAUUAAAUCAUAUUAAGUACUUUGGCUUAAUUGAACUGAGGAUUAUAGUCUUACUGUUUAUACUUCUACUGAGUAGGUUAAUCAAAGUUUGCUAAUUUUAAAUUGUAUAAUUAUGGAGAUAGGCUAGGAAAUACUUGCAUUUCCUAUUUAUUUAUUCAUUCAUUCAUUCCAUACUGUACAAAUAUAUAUAUAUGUUGGAUCCAAACAGUUGUGAGGUGAGCAAAGUUCUGCUCACAGAAUGGGGCUCUCCCACCACCUUCUCUUUGCUGGAGCCUCUACACUCCCGAAAAGCUGCUCCCAAGAGAAUCCUUGGAAUGUCAUGAGGCUGUACCUAGAGGGAGAAUUGGUGGGAAUCUUCCUGACAUGAACAGAAGUGCCUUUCAUUUGCACUAGGGUACUGUUGGCUCCAAUACUAAGUGUUUUCUUGUUGAACUUUCUUUGGAUAGAUUAAUAAAAAUGCAGAAAAUA